GCCAUUACACCCCCCAUGCGCUCCUCCCGCCGGCUUGUGGGCCGAUGUGCCAAGAGGCGGAGCCUGGCGGAGAGUGGGGGGAGCCCUGGGCUGGGGGCGGGGCCCGCCCCCCCCUUGCAGCCCACGCCCUGGGGCGGGCGGUGCGGUGCGUGCGCUCCCGGCGGGGCGGGGAAGGGUGUCCCGGUCUCUCUCCGUGCGCCAGGGCGCGGCGCAGCCACUCGGUGCGCUCGGAGGCGGAGCAGGGGCCACCCGAGCCUUAGCAGCCGCCGCUUUCUCGGCCGCCUGGAGACACAAAGGCUGCGGAUCUCUCCCCGGAGCCGGGCGAGGCGAGUGGAGCAGCUCCGGGCCCCCCCUGUUCAGUCCCGCCGGGGCCCCCCUUGGAGAGCCAUGUCCUGCCUGGAUUACCUAGCUGCCGAGUGCCUGGUGUCCAUCUCCAGCGGGGCUCUGAUCCACCCCGCCGCCGCCUCCAGCCUCCCCAGCCCCGAUCCCGCUAGCAGCGAGGACCGGGAGGUGCGGGACACGCUCCGGGGCGCAGCCCAGGCGGCGGCCGGCUGCAGGGCGCGCCCCGGUUCGGCGCACUCGGAGAGCAGCAACUCGUCCUCGUCGGCCGGAGGGGGGGACCUGGAGAGCGGCUACACCACCCUGUCCGACGGGGGCGGCGGACCCCAGCGCGCCCCGCUGCCCGGCCACAGCCCCAGCCUCUCCUCCCCGGGCAAGCGGCACCGCUGUCACUUCCAGGGCUGCUGCAAAGUUUAUGGCAAAUCGUCCCACCUGAAGGCGCAUCUGAGGACGCACACAGGUGAGAGGCCGUUCCCGUGCACCUGGCCCUACUGCUCCAAGAAGUUCGCGCGCUCGGACGAGCUGGCCCGCCACUACCGUACCCACACCGGGGAGAAGAAGUUCGCCUGCCCGCUCUGCGAGAAACGUUUCAUGCGCAGUGACCACCUCACCAAGCAUGCCCGCCGCCACCCCGCCUUCCACCCCUCCAUGGUCAAGCGGCAGGGCUGCCCCAGCGUCUCCCCCAGCGACUCAGCGCCCGGCAGCCUGGCGGGGAGCCCCGUCGCCAGCCCUGCCCCCAGCCCAGCCAAGUUCCUGUAGGGGCUGGCGCUGCUCCGAGCAGGGAGCAAGUGGCACGGACCCCAAAAGGUGCCGCCUGGCCCAGGCCAGCCCAGGAAGCCGCUGAGAGGGCCCGGUGCCAAGGCUGCCCUUGGAUCUGUCAGGGGAGUGAACCGUCCGCUCCUCCCUGACGGGGUCUUGCUUACGGGGCCCUUCCUCUCCGUGUUCUGGGUGUCUUCGAGCAGCGGCCUCUCCCCACCUGGCUUCGUGGUGACGUCCAGCGUCCCCCACCCCCGCCCUGCAUGGCACAACGGUCGGGCGUCCAGUCCCGCGGGCUGUGCUGUGCCCCCUUGAUGGCUGUGGAAGGGGCUAGUGGGAGGUGGCCACGACCUUGCCCCGGCUGCCGCCAGCCCCUCCCCGGGGCAGACUCCUGCAUGGUGGUGGUACGUGGCACCUCUCCGGGAACCCCCGGCUACCACCGUGCCAGACUCUACCGGCUUGACUUGUUACGCCCUGGAGAUGCUGAGGGGCAAAUCAGGGCCCUUGCCGCCUCUCUGCAAUGACACUUCCCCAGCAGGGGGCACCCUCGGGAUGGUUCCAGCUUACACCUUGGGGGCCCCUUGACAAAGGCAGCUUAAACCAGGCCAGUUCUGCCUCCCGUCCGCAGAGGCCGUGACUGCUUCACUCUUGGGACAGAAGGCUGCUCAGGGAGGAGACGGCCAGUGGCCGAAGUCCCCUGCGUCUCCCUCUUCCUCUCCCCUUCUAGAAACCAGGACCUGCUCCCCUGAAAUUCUCCCCUCUGCCUCUGCGGGAAGCCCAGCAUAUCUAUAUCUAUAUAUAGAUAUCUCCCUCCCGCUCCCUCUCCCAGAGGGGAAUUCUGAAUAUUUAUUUAUACGGACUGAUGCCCCCCAGCUGCAACCUUCUGAGGCCUUUGCAAGCUGUGGGUGUCUGGCCAGUGGACACAGACUGAGUGACUGGCACUGGGUGGGUCAUGUACCUUUCGAGUGACUCUCAGUCCAGUCCUUGCCAUGGGGUGGGGCUGGGCUUUUUAGGCAGGAAUCUAUUUAUGGACAGAAUCGGUUUUUAUAGCUGUGGAAUCAGGGGGCGGGGGUAAAGAGGGAGGGUGUGACAGGCGCUUCAGCCAGCCUCUUUGAAGGGGGUGCGGGUUGAGCAUUUGUCUACGCAGCAUAUUGCUGCUGGAUCCUGGCCAUGUGCAGCUGUUUUAAGGGGAGCUUGGGCCUGCGUUUAGGUUCUUGGUGAUUUGGGGGUUGCCACAGAUUUUCCGCGCUCCACCGGAGACCUGAAAACUUGUAAUUUAAUUUUUUCCCCAAAGAGUGCUCAGCACUUUAAAGACACAGGGAGCCCCUUUGAGGUGGGUCAGGUGGGGUGCCCCAAAAAUCAGUCACUGCUGGAAAUAUAGGGCUAAGUGACUGGAGUCCAUCGAGAGCAGGCCUGUCCCAGAACUGCACUAGGUAAAGUGCAUUGAUCAGAGUGGACUAGUUUAUUGGCCCAACAGCGGUUACAUAGCAGCCUUUCUCAGCCAAGUGGGACGCUCCAUUUGACUCUGCCGCAAGUAGCUGCACUGAAGUCCCUAAGAGUGUGUCUACACUCAACCUGCUGCAGCUGCAUUGGUGGAACGCUUGGUGUAGACCCCACCUAGGCCGAGGGGAGGGCUUCUCUCGUUGUUCUUGGCAGUCCACCUUCCCGAGAGGUGGAAGCUAGGUCGACGGAUGAAUUCUUCCAUCGCCCGAGUGCUGACUGCACCAGGGGUUUGGUUGGCUUAACUACGCCGCUCGGGCGUGGAUUUUUUCACGCCCGGCAGAGGCGUAGCUGUGCUGGUGUAAGUUCCCAGUGUAGACCCAGCCCGGAGGUAGGUCGGGGCUGCAGGGUGGGGUGCGGUAAUGCCCCUGGUUGAGUCAGCUACGAGGAUUGAACUUGGGACCUCUGGCUCUAAAACCAGUGAGUUUGUCGCCUGAGCUAAGCGCCCAGCUCUGUUCGUUCUGUCGCAGUAGCGGACUCUGGGGUCUGACCACUAGAGGGGGACAAGGAGCUGCCCCGCGUGAUUUUGUAGACACGGGUGUUCUGCCUGCACUGGGGAUCGACCGGGCUGGAAGCUCGUGUGCCACUGGCCAGAAGGUUGAACAUCAGCUAUCCCCACGAAACCUGGAGCCUUCCAGGGCUUCAGCUUGAGCCCAGGCCGAUUGGCCUUGGUGGAGCGAGUUUUUUUGGGUCACAGGCAGUUCCCGGGGUCCCACCGCCUGGGUAACAAAGCCAUCGGUGUAGCUGGCAUGGCUCUCCCCUCCUGCGUUGGACCAAGGAGGGAACUGGCCCUACCAAUGCCCACACCGCACCUGUUCUGGGCAUAGGCUGCUCUGCACCCACGCCUCUCUCAAGCAUUACAAUCCAGGCAUGCUUUAGAUCAGGAAGCAAACCCCCUCCCCCCAGUGCUUUCCCUGGGCUCUGUGGAGAGAAUCUCGCCCCUGGGAACGUUUCAGAGACGUGUCUGGGAUGGGUCUGCUGGGUGUUCCUCAAGCUUGGUACGGCUGGGAGUCGGACCCCUUUGCCCCAUCUCCGUAUUCCACGUGGCCCCUGGGUCCCAGCUCUGCAGGACCAAUCUCCAGUGGCGUUGGACUGUCUCAAAUGGCCCAGGUCGUUGGACUGUCUCGAAGAAGCCAGCAGCUUGCUGGGAUUGGGGCCCGAUCUUGCAGCGGCCAGGAUUCCGGCACCAGAGCUCGAGGACUGUGCGGAGCUCCUCUGGCUGGACCUUGUCUCUGGCCUCCUGAACUGGGGCUGCCGGGAAGAGACACCAGCCCAGCUGGAGGACCCUGGUUCUGGGAGCAGCGGCCGCCUCUCGGGGCGGCUCGCCAAAGGCCACCUUUAAAAUACACUGAAACGUACUGCAUUAGCCAGCAUGUCCCUUCUCACGUCAGUGUUGUGCAAUGGGACGUGGCAUCCUUUCCUGCCCGUGCACAUCAAGCCGGGCUUUGCAGCUCACAAAUUGACUGGCCUUUUGGGAGCUGCCUGUCUCUCUCUCUCCUGCUUUCGGCUGAUGCUUCAGGGGGGAUCUGUUUCCAGCAAGAACUGUUGAAGGAGCCCAACCUUUCCCACCAGCUGUCUCAUGCAAGGGUGUCGCUGGGUGACUAUUCUCUGGGGCGGUCCCAGGGCCCCUGUGAUGGGGAUAGGGCGGGGGGUGGGGGAAGUGGCUUAUGAAUGGCUAAGUGGGUGGAGGAGGAGAGGAAAGGAGGGCACUUAAUGGACCAGUGAGGAGAGGGCAAAAGCAGGUGAUCUAGAAACAACCUUUCAGGAAGGGCUCCAUGGCUGGGGUGUGAAGUGGUUAGUAGCCUGAGCUGGUGCAGGUGAGGCUGGCGUCUCCCCUCCCCAGAUAAGCCUGGCACCGGGCGCCGGGCUGUCACUGGCUCUUUCCUCUGCAGCAGCCAGCGGUGUCCCCAGUUCAUAGCCCUGACCUGGAGCGAUUCUGACCCAGCCCACCUUAGCCGUCCUGCCCCAGUGCAUGCUGGGUUCCCCGAUGUUCCUGUCCUGUAGCGCUUGGCAUCAUUGCUGGCGUGGGGGACGGGACUCAGGGGUAGGGGACCCUCGUAGGCUGGGCUGCUUUUGCUUAGUGUUGACGGCACCUGCGAAGGCAGAUGUUGGUGACCCAAGGAAGCAUCGCUGAAGCCUGCGGGCUGCCCUGGGUCCCUGCUGACCCAUACGCAGCCAGUGACCUGCAUGGCCUCAGUUUCCCCACUGCGGUGAGAGGUGGCCAUAGCACUGAGCAGGGCCACUUGGCCCCCACCGAAGCUAGAUCAGGAAGGGCCCUGUUAUAACCUGGGCAGUGGGUGUGUGGUCCCUUCCAAGGAUAGGGACUGGCAGAACGCCGUGUUGUGGGGGAGGAGGGGGUCCAGUGAACUGGGGGUGGGGGGGAGGGGCUACACUGCCUCCACCAGCUGAAAUUCCCUUUGUGGCGUGUGGGGAGAUUCUCUGUGGGGACUUGCCAGCUGGUUAUUAAAGGCUGUUUGUGCAGCACGGGGCCGCCUUGGCAGCCUGGAGAUGCCAGCCCUCCCCUCCCCUCCCCCUCUCCAGCUCCAAAGGGGUCCUCCCCCAGCCUCCAUGCACUUAUUUCCUCCUUAUUUAUUACUGAUUUCUCCCUUUCCCCCCAAGGAGUUGAACUGGAAUAGGCCCUUUAAGAAUACAAUGCAGUCGCCCCCCCCCAGACGCUGCCGUAGGUUGCCACAAGCGGCGGUGUGUUUGCCCCUCUGGUAAUGUAGGUUCUCUGUAUUCUGCCCUCCGCCCCUGGCAUUUCCUUGGGGGCGAGGGGCUGGUUGGCUUUCAGUGUCUUUAUUAAUCCGGUCCCUUUAUCCCUGAAGGUUCAGAGCACCAGUAUCGGGGUGGGGAAUGGGGCAAACUCCGUUGUCACGGGGGCAUAAUCUCCCUGCAGUCGCUGUUCCUGGGAGCGUCCCUCGCUAGGGGUCCACCCCUGCGGUCCUUACUCAUGCAAAGCUUCCAUUAAGGUCUGGGCCCUAGAUCUUCCCCCUCCCCCAGCUUUCCUUCCCCCCGCUAUUUCUCUGCCUAUGCAGUUGGAUUCUGAUCUUGGUUGCACGGGGAGUAAAUCUAGAACGCCCCUGGUUCCAGUGGAGUCACUCUGGUUUUACAGGGGUGUCGGGGAUCCUUCUCCUGGGAGUUCUGCUCUCUUCUCGAACUGCUAAAUGGAAAGAGGGGAUGGGUCCCAGUUAAACUGGAGGGUGGUUCCCAUAUGGAAAAGACUGAGUCCCUUCACCUAGUGUAACCAAGAUCCGUCUCAACCAAGAGCAAUCGAAAGAUGCAGGUUUAUAUCUGGGCUCCCCAGAUUCCAUGCAAAGUGGGUAUUUUUCUGGCUUGUGAUUUUUAAUAAGUGUGGUGAGAUGGUUUCUUUUCUUACAAGAGGGAAUAACUUUAUUCUGUGUGCGUGUGAUAUUUCUACAGAGUCUCCUCUAUCAGAGCUGGAGUUAUAUAAAUAGAUCUCUAUACAGUAAAAUCAAAUGCUGCUGCUUUUUUGGGGGCAGGGGGGACCCCUUACUUUUUUAGUGCGACUUUUAUAGAGCGGUUUGGAACCAGGACUGACUGGGUGACGAGGAGCCGGCUGGCACGCGUGAGUGGGAGCUUGCGUUUCGUGCUCUCAGGGGGAGCUCCUAUCCUGACCACCCCCCCCCCCCCAAUCACAGGCGGGAGAGGUCCAAAAUCGGAUCUGCUUGUCCCAGGGGCCCUUGCUAAGCAGAUCUAAUGAGAGGAGGCACCAUUUUAGAUGUGAAACUGAUUCCUUAGGCAGAAGAUCAACCAUGUGGCUUAGGCUUAAACAGGACAUAAUUGUUGUCUAGGUCUUCGGAGUCUUCAGUGGCUUGAAGGCGCAGGAUUACUAGAGCCCUGAUAAAGCUAGAUCUUCCCCCGGCCCGGUCCACGCUUAAUUUGGAGCUUCCUCUGUUUUCACCCCAUCUGCCAGCCUGCACAGUUCUGCCUAUUGCAGCGCAUGACUGGUAGUUGAGAUCAAUUCCCAGCUCCACUGCUGGCUUGCUGUGCAAUCUCCGGCAAGCAGUGUCUCUCCGUGCCUCAGUUUCCCCUCAAUAGACUGGCAGCAGGGUAACACAGAAACCUCAUAGCCCUGGCAUGAGGUUAAGCAAUGCUUCCUGACCUCCUGUGGUGGCAGAGAAGCACCAGGUGGCCUCUUGUGUCCUUGGGCCUGACCUUUCAAAUGCUUCUACUUACUGCGUGCAGAUGUGGUCACCCCAUCUCAAAAAAGAUAUAUUGGAAUUGGAAAAGGUUCAGAAAAGGGCAACAAAAAUGAUGAGGGGUAUGGAAUGGCUGCCCUAUGAGGAGAGAUUAAUAAGAUUGGGACUUUUCAGCUUGGAAAAGAUGUGACUGAGGGGGGGGAUGUGAUAGAGGUCUAUAAAAUCAUGACUGGUGUGGAGAAAGUAAAUAAGGAAGUGUUAUUUACUCCUUCUCACACAAGAACUAGGAGUCAAUAAAUAGGCAGCAGGUUUAAAACAAAAGGAAGUAUGUUUUCACCGAAUGCACAGUUGACCUGGGGAACUCCUUGCCAGAGGAUGUUGCGAAGGCCAAGACUAUAGCGAUGUUCAAAAAAGAACUAGAUAAGUUCCUUGAGGAUAGGUCCAUCAAUGGCGAUAGGGCAGGGAUGGUGUCCCUAACCCCUGUUUGCCAGAAACUGGGAAUGGGCGACGGGAUGGAUCACUUGAUGAUUCCCUGUUCUGUUCAUUCCCUCUGGGGCACCUGGCAUGGGCCACUGUCGGAAGACAGGACCACUGGGCUAGAUGGCCCUUUGGUCUGACCCAGUCUGGCCGCUCUUAUGUUCUGCUGAUGUGAAGGCCAGAAGGAACCACUGGCAUCAUCUGGUCUGAGCUCCUGCAUCGCACAGGCCAGAGACCUGCUCCAAAAUGAUUCCUAGAGCAGAUCCUAUAGAAAAAGAGCCAAUCCUGAUUUUAAAUGGCCAGUGGCAGAGAAGCCACCACGACCCUUGGGGAGUGGUUUGAAUAGUUAAUUACUCUCACCGUUAAAAAUGUGUGCCUUAUUUCCAGUCGGAAUUUCCCUCGCUUCAACUUCCAGUGUUUGACUUUCCUCUGCGAGAGUGAAGAGCCCGUUAUUAGAUAUUUGUUCCCUGUGGAGAUACAUACAGACUGUGAUCAGGUCCCCCCUUAGCUUUCCCUUUGUUAAGCUUGACAGAGUCAGGGCUCGGUCACUCUAAGACAGGCUUUCUAAUCCUCCGGUCAGUCUCGUGGCUCUUCUCUGACCCCUCUCCAGUUUAUCAACAUCCUCCUUGAGGUGUGCACCCCAGGCCUGAAUGCGCUAUUCUAGCAGCGGUCACACCGGUGCCAAAGACUGAGAUAAAAUGACCUCCCAUCUCUAGUUAACUGCAGAAAUGCCAUACAGCUUAUACCCCACUUCGUACAGCACAGCAGAUCCUGGCCCACUUCCUGAACGCAGGGGUUCUCUGCGUCCCGUCCUAUCCUCUGCCCAAUCUCCUGGCCUGACGCACCUCUUUGUUUUCAGGACGUGGCCCUUCCCCGUCUGCCCCGAGCCGCGGGGUGUGGAAGAGGAAAAGCAUUCCAGACCCCCAGGCCACAAAUGACCGUGUCGUCCCUACCCCGGAAACUGGGGUUAAGUGCUUUGGGAUCCUCAGAUGCAAAGGGCCAUAACGGGGCUGAGUACUAAUGUCGACUGGCCUGGAGGACUGAGGGGUUAGAAUGGCCCAGAGCUAAGGGAGCCGUUCCCAUGAGCCGCUCGGCCAACAAGCUAAGCAGCAUUGGCCUGGGGCCAUUUGAGGCCAGCAGAUCUCUAGGGAGUGCCGAUGCAAUGGGCAUUGCAGGGCCGUUAAGGAGAACUAUGCUGCAGGAGGAACCCUCUUUUGGGACAAGACUUAAAGCCCAGGCCUGGCACCUUGUGCUCAGCAGAGAGCCUGUGGCCCUUGUGAGAAUAGUCCCCUAGUUCUUAUCCUCAUAGAUCUCAAAGCAAGGAGGGUCAGUAUCGUUAUGACCAUUUUAUAGCUGGGGUGGGGGGAAACUGAGGCACAGAGGGGCAGUGACUUGUACAAGGUCAGAGCUGGGAAUAGAACCCAGGGACCCCACCUCCUAGUGGCCACUCUCCCCAUUAGAAUGGAUCACACUGCUUGGCGAGAGUCCGAGGUUUAAUCUUGGCGUCCUGGCUCAAUUCCCACUGGAGUCAUUGCAUUCGGCCUCCUUGAAGCUCCCCAGAUAGCACUGUCAGGGAGAGGUAGUUUUCACUUCCCUUCCUAAUCGGCUGCAUAAGGCUGCUGAGCCGCUGCCCCAUUCCUUGGUAGAGGAGGAGGGUGAAGGGAUCCCUGAGCUCAGUUUGCACCCCACUUGCCCAGGCUGCAAAACAACAGGCGCUGUGCGAUCAAAGCUCCGGUCAGCGACGGAGCACACGAGGGACGAGGAGAGAAAUGGGGGAGAAAUGGAUCCUGUCUGAACGUUUCCUUGGGGAGCAGGAAUAGCUGGAGAGGUCAAGGAGGUUUAAUGUUACGGAAGCCACUUUCCCCAAAGAGAAAUCUCCUUGUUAAUUGGUCUCUUCAUUCUCUGUGUGUUUGUGUUUAUUUAAAGAGCCACAAAGCCAAGGGCGUGCGUGGUGGGGGCGGAUGCUGGAUCUUAGCAGAUAGAGCUUUUGGGGAGUGGUUUAUUGUUGCUAAAUCAUUUCCUUUUUAGGAAAGGGUAAAAGUACCUUUCCGCCUCCGUUUCUAGCAACUGAUUAUUUUUAAGACGCACUGGGGGUGCCUCGCCAGCUGCUUCCCCAAGCCCUUGGAGACGACCCUGCCAUGAGGCUGCGAUCUCUGAUGUCUACGCCCGAGCUAGGGAAGAAUGACCUUGGUUUGGCAAAUUUCAAGCCCACUUGACCAGUGUAGGUUCAGAAGUUCCUUUAACGCUCCAGUGUGACUGGCUCUGAGUUUGCUUAGAGGCCGAAAUAAAUCCUCAUGGAAGGGCAAACGCGGCCUUUCUCCUGUUUGCUGAACCCAGCUUAGGUGGGGUGGUUCAAUCCCUAAUGCUGGAGGCUUUGUGUUUUACACGGGCCUGCCUGUCUUGUCAGGGCUGGUGAAGGAUCGUGGGUUGAAACGAGGUGGGGGAAGAAAUGAAGUCAAAAAGGCUAUCUGUGUCACUGAUGGGUCCCCUCCUCUCUCCUUGCUAGGCCAAAUUCACCAGCUAGUAAUAAGGUUGAUGUGGAUGUCCUUCCCGAUCAGUCUGUCCCCCUGUUAAAGGGAAGAAUUGGUGAUGCAUGGUGUGUUCUCCUGCUCCUCCCUGGUGCUAACUGCGUCUGGGUUCCCAUGAUGCCUCCAGCACAGAUCCCAGCCCAUGGCAGCGUGGCUUUAGCUAGGCGUCCCACUCUCCCGGGCCUGGAGCGCUGGCUUACCCUUAGCACAAGAUGUCUCCUAUUUCUCGGUGUCUCUGGCUGCAGGGGAAGCUGGUGGACGCUGAGCUAGGAGCCUCUUCCCUGUGCCGCCAGACCUCCCGCUCCCCGCCCAGUGGCCAAUUCUCUUCUCGGCAGGAGCCGCGAGUUCCCUGUUCAGGAUCAAGCUGGGAGCGGGGAGGAUCCCUGCCCCUUCGGAAGGAGAUGGGUUCUCUGCUCGCAAAGGGACGCUGCCAGCAGGAAGCUCGAGAUUUUGUCUAAUACGCAGUUUGUGGGUCAAACCGUACAGCUUGACUGGCCGUUCUGCUGUUUGAGUGGAGGAGGGGGAGUGGACCCUGAGCCGCCCCCUCCCUGGCAUAGCGGGUGUUGUGUUCCCAAUAACACACACCAAUGCAGCUUUUAAACCGAGGCUGCGGCUGUGGGCACAGGUCUGGGAAGAGAAUCGCAGUUGCUGGGAUGGCGGUUGGAACUUGGGCCGGUCCAGCCAAAGCAUUGUAGGAAUGUGUCAGUCACCGGCCUGCCAGUUCUCGGAUGGCAACGAUCCUGGGCCGGUGUAAGCCGGUGUCGCCUUCUCAGGCGGGAGCGGGGUUCUGGGCGGGAGCAGACCUCUUAGGGAACUUCCUUUUGCAAAACGUGGGGUUGGUCAGUCGGUCCCUUUUUUAACCAGGUGUCUGUUCUUCAGUUCGCUGGCCCGGGAGCUGCGCGUGGAAGGAUGGGUUGAAAGCGUUGCACUGUCUUGGUGCUGUAUUUUAAAAUAAAUUUUUUUUAAUUAAAUAAGUCAAUGAAA